ACUUGAACAUGAUGUUUGAAAUACUUGUCCGUGUCUAUCAUUAUUGUUUAGGUGUCUGUGCCAAGCAAUUAAAGCAGGGAAGGAAAGUUAGCGAGUUCAAAAGAAAAGAAAAGGAAAGGAAACCAAAACCAACCCAAAAAAGCUACUUCCACCCCAAGUCUAGAGGAAACCUCAGGUUGGCAUAGUCAGUCCCUUAUAUACCAAGCUUCUCUGUUGUUGAUUUUAGCCUAAACCCUGGAAACCUCCCAAUUCUCACACUCCAAGAGGAUCAACCUUUCGUGUGUUAAGGCUUGGACCGAGAAAAGAAAAGAAAUUAGCCUACAAUCUCAGAUGGGUUUAUUCAGAAAACCCUCUUUUCUCCUGUCUAAUACCAUGUUUGUGAUUGCAGUUUUUGGAUUUUUAGUGACAGUCGUAGGUGCUGCAGAUUACACAACUCUGGUUUUCAAGGGGUGUGCUGACCAAAAAUUUCAAGACCCAUCGGGGAUCUAUGCUCAAAACCUCAGGAACCUCUUGAAUUCUCUGGUUUCACAAUCUUCACAGAAAAUUUAUUUCACAGCAACAUCUGGUGAUGGUCAAAAUGUCAUUACGGGUCUAUACCAAUGCAGAGGGGACCUCUCUAACAAUCCCUGCCAUGCUUGUGUUAGUAAAGUCCUGGACUUGAUCGACAAGCUUUGUGGCAAAGUGGUAGCUGCCAGGGUCCAACUCAGUGGGUGUUACCUGAAGUACGAGGUUGCUGGUUUUAAGCAGGUAUCAGGAACUGAGUUGCUGUACAAGGUUUGUGGGUCAACGAAGGCGAGUGGAACCGGGUUCGAGGAUAGGAGAGAUGCGGCUUUUGAAACUAUGGUGGAUGGUGUUAAAAAUGGUAGCGAUGGGCUGUUUUACACUGGAGAGUACCAGUCAGUGUUUGUUCUGGGCCAGUGUGAAGGUGAUUUGUCAAGCGGGGAUUGUGGGGAUUGUGUGAAUACUGCUGUACAGAGUGUGAAGAGUGAGUGUGGUGACUCAAUUUCAGGGCAACUCUACCUCAACAAGUGCUAUCUUAGCUACAGCUAUUACCCCAAUGGAGUGCCUAGCAUUUCUUCAACUUCAGACGUAGGGACCAGGCAGCACACACAGAGGACAGUGGCCAUUGCAGUUGGAGGAGUGGCAGCUUUGGGGUUUGGAGUUGUUUGUUUGAUGUUUAUCAAGUCUAUCCUCAAGAAAAGACGUGGUAAGCAUGAAGGUUGGAAUUGACUUGUUCAUCAUCCACUCCUUCACCCUUUCCACCACCACCUUGUUUACCACACAACACUUUAGUCCUAGCUGUGUUUGCAUGUAAUUGUAUGUAUUGAUUUCAAGGGCAGAAUAUUAAGAGGAUGAUGAGCUGGGUUUGAACUAGUCUCUGUUUGUUUUUGCUGUUGA